AUGGACGAUCAGGUACCUACAUUUCUAGCUGUUACAGGGGUUGAAGAUGAGUCUGUUGCAACACAAUUCUUGGACGUGGCAGGAGGCGAUCUUGAACUAGCAGUAACAUUGUACAUGGAAUCUGGACAACAUGGAGGGGGUAGCCACAAUAAUGGGAGUAGCAAUAACAGGAGCAACAAUGGUCUCGAUGACGAGGCAUAUGCCCAGCAACUACAAGAACAAGCAUAUGGUGGCAAUGAUGUACGUGAGGCAGAUACAACUGUACAUCGACACGACACCUUAGUCGACUCAUUUCCAGGUUUCGGAGGCGGUAUGAUGGGGCAAAUGCCACGCCCACCUGAUAUAUUUGGCCAAAGACAACAAGGCAUAUUCCACCAAGGAUUUAAUUUUAACGAUAGAAGUAUCAAUGCAUAUAAUGCGUAUGAUGAUGAUGACGAUGACGAGAUUGACGAAGAUUAUACUGAAGCGCUAGACGCAAACAACGACGUGCAGAUAUUAGAUUCUGAUGAAGAAAAUGAUGAGGAUGUUGAAGAGAUUAUUAGAAGUCAUAGUGGGGUUGCUGGACGUAGGAGGCGACUUAGACAAGAACGUGAUUCUGAAUUGACUUCUACUCAAAGAAGGCUAGCCAACUUGUUUCGACCACCGUUUGAUAUUAUUAGUAUAUUGACAUUAGAUCAAGCAAGGGAAAAAGCCAAAGAAGAAAACAAGUGGAUUUUAAUCAAUAUACAAGACUCAUCCGAAUUUCAAUCGCAAGUUUUCAAUCGUGAUUUCUGGUCAAAUUCAAGGAUCAAGCAAAUAGUCAAGGAAAAUUUUAUCUUUUUGCAAUAUCAACGUGAUUCAUAUGACGGCGAAACAUAUGCCAACUUUUAUCGUGUUGAUACAUUUCCUCAUUUAGCCAUUUUGGAUCCUCUUACAGGAGAACGUGUUCGUAAAUGGAAAGAUGGAGAAGUGCCGGAGGUUGGAAACUGGUUAGAUGAGGUGUAUGAUUUCUUGGACAAGUUUUCAUUACAUCCGGAUUCAAACAAUCCUUUAAUACAACAUGAAACAAAGAUUGAUCCUGAUAGUAUGAGUGAAGAACAACAAAUUGAAUUGGCUAUGAAGCAGAGCGUUUUAGAUAAUGCCAAGAAUGGGAAGACUUCUGAAAGUGCAAUAAACUUGAUCAGUGAUGAAGAAGAAGAAGAAGGAGCAAUUACUACACCUGUGUCUGCUGAACAAGCUCCUCAAAGUGAGGAAGAUUUGUUUAAUUCAGUGCAACCUAUAGACCAUAAAGAACCAUCAGAACAACCAACAACAAGAGUUCAAAUUCGGUUCCCCAAUGGUAAAAGACUUGUUCGUAAAUUGCUCCUUAGUGAUAAAGUUGUGGUGCUAUUCCAAUGGUUGAAGUUUGUGCUACAGCAAAAUUCUGAAGACUAUGGGUUGAGUCCCGAAGAUAGAUUCACACUUUCAAAUAGUUCCAACAAGUCAUUCAAAUUUAUUGAAAACUUGGGUACUACUAUCGAAGAAGCUAAUUUGAAAAAUGCAAGUAUAUUAUUAGAAAAGGAGUAG